CACAUCGCAUUGCACCAACAUUGCAUCGCAUCGCACCAACAUUGCAUCGCACCAACAUUGCAUCGCAUCGCACCAACAUCGUAUCAUUGAGUUUUUGUACUACAAAAUGUUACCUGCCUCGAGCUCGAGCUCAGACAGGCAGCUAUAUGUUUGUCUGUGCACCAAGCACAAUCUUGGCCAACCCCAUAGAGUUGCCAAAUCCACAUGGCACCGACAUCUACAAGAGGCUAGUACAGAGGAGGAGCGAGAGAAGAUGCGAACUGGCCGAGAACUACGGGGACAUACCAUGGAGCUGGAACCGGGUGCUGGGGAGGCGGCUGCAGGCUGCGCUUCAUCUUCAAACUCUUCUGACAGAACAUCUAUACCCCCCAGUGCUUUGUUUUGGUGCUCAUAAAUGUAUUUUCAGCGCGCAUAUAUGCAGCCUGCACAGCAUAGUAACCAGUAUUUGCUCGAACACUGCAAAACAUUAGAACUUCAAAUCG